GUGAGUCAGCAAUCCCAGUGGAGAGCUGCUGGAUUUCAGAGACCAGGACCAGAACCAGAACCAGAGCGGAAUGGAGGAGGAGCAGCAGAAGCCGGAGCAGCGGAGCAACAAGGUCCCCAGAAGAGCAGCAGCAGGCUCGGCCUCUGAUAGCAGCGGUGUUCAGAAACGGAGAGGAAGAGGGGGACUCGGACAUCACAGCUGUCAGUACUGUGGCAAGUCCUUCACAAGACCUGAACAUUUAAAGAUUCAUCAGAGAGUUCACACUGGAGAGAGACCAUACAGCUGUGGACAAUGUGGGGCAGCUUUCACACAGUCAAGUGUGCUCAAAAGUCAUCAAUUCAUUCACACUGGAGAUAAACCGUACAGCUGUCAGUACUGUGGCAAGGCCUUCACAAGAUCUGAACAUUUAAAGAUUCAUCAGAGAGUUCACACUGGAGAAAAGCCGUACAGCUGUGAAGAAUGUGGGGCAACUUUCACACGGUUGAAUUACUUAAAAUCCCACCAAAGCAUUCACACUGGAGAGAAGCCAUACAGCUGUCAGUACUGUGGCAAGUCCUUCACAAGAUCUGGAAGUUUAAAGAUUCAUCAGAGAGUUCACACUGGAGAGAGACCAUACAGCUGUGAACACUGUGGGGCAGCUUUCACACAGUCAAGUGUGCUCAAAAGUCAUCAAUUCAUUCACACUGGAGAUAAACCGUACAGCUGUCAGCACUGUGGCAAGUCCUUCACAACAUCUGGACAUUUAAAGAUUCAUCAGAGAGUUCACACUGGAGAAAAGCCGUACAGCUGUGAAGAAUGUGGGGCAACUUUCACACGAUUCAAUAACUUAAAAUCCCACCAAAACAUUCAUACUGGAGAGAAGCCAUACAGCUGUGACCAAUGUGGGUCAGCCUUCUCACAGUUAUCUAGCUUAAAAUCCCACCGACGCAUUCACACUGGAGAGAAGCCGUACAGCUGUGACCAAUGUGGGGCAGCUUUCACUGUUCAAAGUUCCCUAAAAUCCCACCAACGUGUUCACACUGGAGAGAAGCCGUACAUGUGUGACCAAUGUGGGGCAGCUUUCACACAGUCAGAAAGCUUAAACUCCCACCGACGUGUUCACACUGGAGAGAAGCCGUUCUGGUGUGAGCAAUGUGGGAAAACUUUUUCUAAGAGUGGUGAACUUAAAUCCCACCAACGCAUUCACACUGGAGAUAAACCGUACAGCUGUGACCAAUGUUGCGCAGCUUUCACACAUUUAAAUAUUUUAAAAUCCCACCGACGUGUUCACACUGGAGAAAAGCCGUUCUGGUGUGAACAAUGUGGGAAAACCUUUUCUCAGAGUAGUAACCUGAAAAGACACCAACUCAUUCACACUGCCUCCUCUCAAACAUGUUCUAAAGCCAAGCUGUUGUUAGAAAGGAGAGAGGGAACAGAUAGCAUGAGUCAAGACGCUGUUUACCAGCCAGAUAGCAGAGAACAGUCAGAGCCCAAAGUAGCCGAGGUCCAGGACCACUUGCAGGCACUAACCUGCUUGAUAAAUGUGAAAGAAGAACAAAGUGGGGAAUUUGUCACAGCACAUAACAUUGGGUAAAAAAAGAGCAUGUAAAGAUGACAAGUGAAAAUCAGUGCAGUGAAGAACACGAUGAGUGUAACAUAACAGUUGUUCUCCAAGGAAUCAGAUUAUAAGAUAUUCAUGGUUGAAGCUUGUAGAAGAAAAUUAUUUACCAGUUUUAGUCUCAUUGUAUCCUAAUAUCCUCUUUUUGUUCACUGAUUAAGUUGAAGUUGAUCAUAUUUUACCUGAUUUAAAAAAAAAAAAAAAAAAAAAAAAAUUAUCUUGUAACUGAAUGUUAUUAACAGUAUACAUCAAGAGAUGAAAUUGUUUUUGUAUAUAUGACUGUUAUCAUUUAUAUUUUACUUUAUUACUUCAUGUGUUCAGGGAUUAAAGUUCUCUGUCGCUACGACGGAUUUCCGUCAAUUUGAUUUUAGAAAUCCCAUAUCUGAGAUCGAUGCUGAUCCGAUGAGAAAAAAAUGUGGGGGGUUGUAGCCUAUUAUUGUUAGUUUUUAAUUAAUGCAACUAACGUUUUGUGUAAAGCGAUGCACUAUUACAGGGUUCCCGUGGGGUCUUAACUCCUAAAAAAAGUCUUAAAUGCAAUAUUCUAAAAAUAAGGCCAACAUUCACAAAGUUGUACAUUUCGUUUACAAAGGUCUUAAAUUAUGUCUUGUCCUUUUGUAGGUUGAAAUAAAUACCGUUGCGUCCUAAAUAAAUGCCGUGUGUGAGUGUGAGUGACUUUACAAUUAACUCUGUGUGACUGGGCUGUAAUACGACAGUACAGGUACUAUUUACGUCAGUGUUUUUCUUUACGCUCUUGACCGUGGCG